AAAAACACUUAAACUAGGCUUAAUCUUACAUCUUAGGGAUUUGCUCCGGCGAGUUAUGGUCGUCGUCUCCAUCUUCCUCCUCCAAAAGAUCACUCCUUAAAUGGAAGAAACUAAAAGAAACUCCGAUCUCCUUCGUUCCCCUGUCUUUCUCUCAGGCUUCUAUUGCUGGGAGCCUGGGACUGGGAGUUUCUCACUGCUCUCAUGCUCUUUAGUUGCUAAAACUUAAUUUGAUCCAAUUUUCAGUUUCCAAUAUCUAGAUUAUUUUUUUUAUUUAAAAAAAAUUAGCCGGUGAUGACGGCGGGGCAGAGAACUGUUCCGUCGCCGUUUUUAAGCAAAACGUAUCAGCUAGUGGAUGACCACACCACAGACGACGUCGUUUCAUGGACCGAAGAUGGAACAGCUUUCAUCGUUUGGGAAACAGCUGAGUUUGCUAAAGAUCUUCUUCCUACAUACUUUAAACAUAACAACUUCUCAAGCUUCAUUCGCCAGCUCAACACUUACUGUUUCCGGAAAACUGUACCGGACAAAUGGGAGUUCGCUAACGACAACUUCCGGAGAGGACAAGAGCACUUGCUGUCGGAGAUACGGCGGCGUAAGGCGGCGGGGAGAUGUGUAGUCGUUGGUUCAGAGUCAAACUCGGCGGGUGAUGAUUCCACGUCAUCACCCGGGUCAAAGAAUCCUGGUUCGGUGGAGAACAUGGUUGCUGAUCUAUCCGGAGAGAACAAGAAGCUGAAACGUGAGAACGAUAGUUUAAGCUUGGAGCUCGCGGCGGCGAAGAGGCAGCGCGAUGAGCUGGUGGCGUUCUUGACGGAGCAAAUGAAAGUAGGACCAGAAGAGGUUGAUCAGAUGGUUAAAAGAGGGGAAUAUAAACCGGAUUUAACCGGAGAUUCUUCGUCGGAGGAAGAGAGGGACUGCGGCGGAGACGUGGAGGAGGAGGAGGGGGUAGGUGGAGGAAUGAAAUUGUUUGGGGUGUGGUUGAAAGGAGAGGGAAAGAAGAGGGACCGGAAGAAUUGUGUCGUGGGUGGGUCCCAUAUGACGGAGAUGAAGGACGUGGACUUUCACGCGCCGUUGUGGAAAAGCAGCAAAGUUUGCAACUGA